GGAAGCAAAAGACACAGAUGAAAGAUCCAUCCAAUCCAAGUAUUAAUUUUUUUUUUAAUAUGAUAAAAUUUGGUAGUAUUGUUUUUGUCGAGGCAAAGUUGGUCGGGCCGAAUACCCGUCCAAGUGCAUCCGGAAGAAACGAAGCCCCAAAUUUCAACGUGAGACAAUUAGUUUAAAAUCUUGGCGAAUGGAUUCUGAUUCCGAUGACAUCAUCACCGCCAUCCUUGCCACUUUGACUAAACAAAUUGGAAUCCUGAUUAUCCGCAACUGCAACAGUGAGAGAUGAUUGAAGAAGAAAUCAGUGCUCCACUGAUUGGCACAUCGGCCGCCGAUGCCUCCAUUUCGGGACAAGAGGAAAACUCGCCGGUGGAGCAGGUGGCGUUGACCGUGCCGCCCACCGACGACCCGGCGCUGCCCGUGGUGACCUUCCGGAUGUGGGUUCUCGGGGCGGCUGCCUGCGUCCUGCUCUCCUUCCUCAACCAGUUCUUCUGGUACCGCCGCGAGCCGCUCUCCAUCACGGCCAUCUCCGCCCAGAUCGCCGUCGUGCCCCUCGGCCACCUCAUGGCCGCCGCCCUCACGCGCCGCCUCUUCUUCCGGGGGCGCAGCUGGCAGUUCACCCUCAACCCGGGCGGCUUCAACGUCAAGGAGCACGUGCUCAUCACCAUCUUCGCCAACUCCGGCGCCGCCAACCCUUACUCCAUUCAUAUCGUCAGCGCCGUCAAGAUUUUCUACGGCCGCAAGAUGACUUUUUGGGUGUCGCUCGGGGUCGUUCUCACCACGCAGGUUCUGGGCUUCGGCUGGGCGGGGCUUCUCCGCCGGUAUCUGGUCGACCCCGCCGCCAUGUGGUGGCCGCAAAAUCUCGUUCAGGUAUCUCUCUUCAGGGCACUUCAUGAGAAAGAAGUCAGAGCCAAGGGUGGAGUGACGCGGAAUCAGUUCUUCCUCAUCGCCUUUAUUUGCAGCUUUGCUUAUUAUGUAUUUCCGGGAUAUCUCUUCCCAAAGCUUACUUCAAUCUCCUGGCUUUGCUGGAUAUUUUCUUCUUCGAUCCUCAUUCAACAGCUUGGUUCUGGACUCCAUGGUCUCGGAUUAGGUGCUAUCGGCCUUGAUUGGUCGAGCAUAUCCUCAUAUCUCGGCAGCCCAUUAGCUAGCCCGUGGUUUGCUACUGCUAACAUUGCUGUUGGAUAUAUCUUCUGUGUGUACAUAGUUACGCCUAUUAUGUACGGGCUCAAUGUCUUCAGAGCUAGGACCUUUCCCAUAUUCUCAGAUGACCUCUUCACAUCGGAGGGGCAGGUCUACAACAUCUCGGCUAUUAUAGAUUCAAACUUCCACGUUGACUUAGAUGCAUAUGAGCGUGAAGGCCGUCUCUAUCUCACCACCUUCUUCGCCACGACCUAUGGUUUUAGCUUCGCCUGUCUCACUGCCACCAUUGUUCAUGUCCUCCUUUUCCACGGCAAAGAUCUGUGGCUGCUGAGCAAAUCUGCGUUCAAGGAGAAGACGAUGGAUGUACACACCAAGCUUAUGCAAAACUACAAGAAAGUUCCAGAAUGGUGGUUCUUAUGUGUACUUUUCAUAAAUAUUGCUGCCACCUUACUUCUCUGUCAAUAUAACAUAGAUCAACUUCAGUUGCCGUGGUGGGGCGUCUUAUUAGCUUGUGCUCUUGCCUUUUUCUUCACCCUUCCUGUUGGAGUCAUCACUGCCACAACAAACCAAAUACCAGGAUUGAACGUGAUCACGGAAUACCUUAUUGGAUUCCUCUAUCCCGGUUAUCCGGUCGCCAACAUGUGCUUCAAGGUAUAUGGCUACAUCAGCAUGAAACAAGCGCUGGUGUUUCUUCAAGACCUCAAACUCGGACAUUACAUGAAAAUACCACCUAGAACGAUGUUCAUGGCCCAGGUAGUUGGCACUCUGAUAUCAUCAGUGGUGCAUCUAGGAACAGCAUGGUGGCUCAUGGACACCAUCCCCAACAUCUGUGACCGGGAAGCGCUUCCUCCUAGCAGCCCGUGGACAUGCCCGAGCGACCAUGUGUUCUAUGACGCCUCUGUCGUGUGGGGAUUGAUCGGACCACAGAGGAUAUUUGGGAAUCUUGGCUACUACUCUGCCAUCAACUGGUCUUUCCUAGUCGGGGCCGUGGCUCCUGUUGUAGUGUGGGUGGCCACCAAGGCCUUCCCAAGGCAGCAGUGGCUUAGGCAAGUUUCAGUUCCUGUGAUGCUGGUGUCCGUCAUCAAUAUGCCUCCAGCGACUGCUGUGAACUACAACAGCUGGAUCAUCAUAGGGUUCUUGUCGGGGUAUGUUGCAUACCGAUACUACCGGGAGUGGUGGAGUCGACACAACUAUGUGCUGUCGGGGGCGCUUGAUGCGGGAUUGGCUUUCAUGGGAGUGUUUCUGUAUCUAUGUUUGGAUAUGGGGAAUGUUAGCCUUGAGUGGUGGGGAAGUGUUAGUGAUGGAUGCCCUCUGGCUUCUUGCCCAACUGCUAAAGGCAUUGUUGUUGAGGGAUGCCCCAUUUUUUGAACUGCUUUUCUCCUCAUUGCUCUUCAUUCACACAACUUUUUUGUAUGCUUCAAUAUAUCAUGUUGUAUAUUAGUAAUGAUGGAUAUAGAAUAUCUUCACUAAUAGAAUUUUGAUGUACUCUUUUAUGUUUAUUAUUAUAAACUUAUUUCAUCUUUAAAUCA